AAAAAUGCUUAGAGGCAUCUUCCACAUUUGCCUCUUGGCAUCAUUUCUUCUUCUACCAUUCUCCUCCGCCGUACACGACGGUGACUUAGCAAAUGCUCCUUCUCCAUGGGACGACGAUAUUGCACCAUCACCAGAAACCGCACCAACCCCAACCCCCACCACGAGUCCCCCAACCACCUCACCGCCAUCUCCCGAUCAGGCACCUGCUCCAUCUCCUAUAAACAACGGCUCUAUCUCUGGCGACAUGACAUGGUGGUGCAACAAGACUCCACACGCUGAGACAUGCAAUUACUACUUCCACAGGAGCCCACACAACAACAUUAACAGACCACCAAGGCUCCGGUCCGAAUUUCUACGAAUGCUGGUCCACGUAGCACUUGACCAAGCCGUUGUCACACACACUCAGACCGUAAAGUUUGGUCCUAGCUGCACCAACAACCAACGGAAAGCGGCAUGGUCAGAUUGCGUAAAGCUCUUUCAAAACACGGUGGGUCAGCUGAACCAGACGCUCAAGGGACUUAACCCGGCGGCUUCCAGUGAUGUGAAGUGUUCGAACUUCGACGCACAGACGUGGCUCAGCACGGCCCAGACCAACAUCGAGACAUGCCGGUCUGGGUCAGAGGAUCUUAACGUCUCGGAUUUUGUCAUACCGGCGAUCUCCAACAAGAACUUGUCAGAUUUGAUUGGAAACUGCUUGGCCGUCAAUGGAGUUCUCAUGAAGCAACAUAAUCAUACAACUGCUAACCACGAAGAAUACUUCCCAAGCUGGGUCUCAAGACAUGAGAGGCGAUUACUAGUAUCGGCCUCUUUAGCCAAAUCUAGACCCCAUAUAGUGGUGUCACAAGACAGGUUCAGCCAUUUCCGGUCAAUCCAAGCAGCGAUAAACUUCGCAGGAAGACGGAGAGUUAAGUCAAGAUUUAUAAUAUAUGUGAAGAAAGGUGUUUACAGAGAGAACAUUGAAGUCGGCAACGAUAACCACAACAUAAUGCUAGUUGGCGACGGCGCAAGAAAAACAAUCAUAACCAGCGGGAGAAGCGUCAAGAACGGCUACACCACCUAUAACUCAGCAACAGCCGGCUUCGGAGGCCAAAGAUUUGUAGCAAAGGACAUGACAUUCAUCAAUACGGCAGGGCCAUUACGCGGCCAAGCUGUCUCGGUUCGAUCAUCCUCUGACCUCUCUGUUUUCUACCGUGUCGGUAUCCAUGGAUUCCAAGACACGCUAUACAUUCACUCUCAACGUCAGUUCUUUAGAGAAUGUUACAUCUCAGGCACCAUAGACUUCAUAUUCGGGAAUGCAGCUGUUGUGUUUCAAAACUGUAUGAUUCUUGUCAGACGUCCUCUACGUGGUCAAGCUAACGUUAUAACAGCUCAGGGUCGCGGUGACCCUUUUCAGAACACAGGCAUUACCAUCCAUAGCUCAAGGAUAGUCGCGGCUUCUGAUUUGAGGCCUGUUGUUAGAGCUUAUAAGACCUAUUUAGGCCGACCGUGGCAAGCCUAUUCGCGUGUUACUAUCAUGAAGACUUAUAUAGAUAACUCAAUCAGUCCCUUGGGAUGGUCUCCUUGGUUAAGAGGAUCCAAUUUUGCUCUCAAUACAGUGUUCUAUGGUGAGUAUAAAAACUUUGGACCGGGUUCUUCCACGAGGUGGCGUGUCCGGUGGAAAGGAUUCCAUGCCAUAACCAGUACUGCGGUUGCUUCCCGGUUUACUGUGGGAAGCCUCAUCGCAGGCGGUUCAUGGUUGCCUUCCACUGGCGUGCCGUUCAAGACAGGGUUAUGA